AUGGCGAAGCGUAAACGCAGUCCAACCCCGGACUCAGAUGCAUCUAUAGAGAAGAAGAAAGUGCGAUGGGAAGCAUCGGAUACUGAGAGUGAGAGUGACAGCGAAGAAACCUUGGACCACAAAAUCUGCCUUGCAGCCUAUGCUCAGCGCGGUCGCGUUGCUUGUGCAUAUUACGACCCAGUCAAAUGCAUCAUCUACUAUCUCGAGGACGCGGUGGAAACGAGGCAUUAUGAGCUAACAACGACUUUGCUGGAACAGGUGCAUCCUGACGUCGUUAUUACCAGUUCUCGCUCAGACGAUGAACUCAUGGACGUUGCUCGUGCUCAUAUGGACGCUUCUGGUGGUGUAUUUCAGAUACGACCCCAGAAAGAGUUCAGCCCUUCCAAAGGCCGCGAGCGAAUCUUAUCUCUUAGGCUGCUUUCCGAGAUUCCUUCCGAUGAUAGCGACCCACCAGCGUCGUCUGAUGUUGAGACAUUGUCGUCAACGUCUGGCGGGCGGAACGCGUAUGACUUUAUGCGCCGACGACAAGCGGAAACCGGCGGAGACCCCGUAAUGAAGCGAUGGAACGCAGCUAUUCGCUUGUCGAACUUUACUACGGCAGAUUCCUCUCCUCUCUGCGUUGCCUCUGUCGGAGCGCUGCUAGAAUAUCUUGUCCGAAAAGCCGUGGAUGAUUUAGAUAACGAAGGCAUCGCAGGUCUGCAAGUCCGUGAAAUUGAAGCCAUCUCUUUGGAGCAGUAUAUGCAAAUCAACGCUGACGCGUUGUCAUCUCUCCAAAUCUUCGAGAGCGAGGAUCAUGGGUCGAUGCAUUCUGACAAGACUAAAGAGGGAUUAUCGUUAUUUGGCACCCUGAAUAGCACCAACACCACUCUUGGACGCGCUUUACUCCGCACAUGGCUUCUUAGACCUUCCCUUUCCCUUUCUGUAAUCAAGGCACGCCAUGAUGCAGUCGAAUGCUUCAUGUCCACAGAGAAUUUGGUUGCGGCAUCGGCCAUGCAAGCCCACCUCAAAGGCAUCAAGAAUGUCCCACGGAUUCUCGAACUCACGCGUUCGGGAAAAGCCAAAAUGAAGGAUUGGCAGGGUCUCGUUAAGUUCACCUUCCACUCUGCCAUGCUUCGAGAAAAUCUCUCCGAACUGCACCUGUCGGGUGGCGUCGAAAUCGUCAAAAAGCUCGUGGCGGCUUUAGAUGUUGCGAGUUUUCGCGAAGUGGGGAAUCGCAUUAAUGAGAUCAUCGACUGGGAAGAGUCUUCUCAUUCUGGGCGCGUUUGCGUCCGGCCCAACAUUGACGAGGAGUUGGAUAAUCGCAAACACAUAUACCAUGGAAUCGACUCCGUCUUGUCCAAAGUUGCUGAACAGAUUUGUCAAACGGUUCCCCCGGACUACGCAGCAUCACUCAAUAUCGUCUAUUUCCCUCAACUGGGCUUUUUAAUCUGUAUACCUAUGCUAGAUGAAUGGAACGCGGACGGGAUUCAGGUUAUUGAAGGCUGGACCUUUCAGUUUUCUUCGGAACACCAUGUCUAUUUCAAGUCCAAGGAAAUGAACGACAUGGAUCUUCACAUCGGCGACCUUCACUCCUCCAUAGUUGACAGAGAGAUUGAAAUCGUGCAGGAACUCUUGGAAGAAAUUAUCGUCCACUUUGAUGGCAUGGCCGCAGCCUGUGAUAUUAUGGCAGAACUCGACUGUUUACUGUCUUUUGCGUGCGCAUCGCGAGGACUUGGCUAUAGACGACCCAAUAUAGUUGAAGAUAACAUCAUCGACAUCCAGCAAGGACGCCAUCCUCUCCAGGAGCAGGUCGUUGACGCAUUCGUUCCCAACGAUGCUCAUAUCGCAGGUGGCUCUGGAGAUCGUUCGGUGUUGGUAGGCGACGAAUCGACCCACGAAGCGGAAGAGUGGAACAGCAUAGUUCUUUGCACCGGUGCGAAUGCAUGUGGAAAGAGCGUAUACCUGAAGCAGGUUGCUUUGAUCCAGUAUAUGGCACAGAUUGGAUGUUUCGUCCCGGCAGAAUCCGCCACCCUUGGUAUUGUUGACAAAAUCUUUACCCGUAUCUCGACCAGAGAAUCAGUGUCCAAAGUUCAAUCAGCCUUUAUGAUCGAUCUCAAUCAAGUUUCUCUCGCUCUACGCAACGCCACUGCCAACUCUCUUAUCCUCCUGGAUGAAUUCGGCAAAGGAACUCUCCCAACAGGCUCGUAUCUUCUCUAG